CCCAUGGUAUCCGUAGCUAUCUCAGCUUGCAGUUGGCUACCUCCCCAACUCCCCUCGCACUCACAUGCACCUACCCCUCUGACGUCGCUCUCUAGACCCUGUUUCAUCGCCGCCUUUACCUAACACCAACUCCGAGUUCCCCUCCUCCUCCAAAGCUUCCUUCAACGACACUCACCUACCUUCGGGACUCUUACAACUCCCACAAUCUCUCUUUUUCUUUUUUUUCAUUCUCAUCAUUGCCUCCUCACUCUUAUCAUUUCGGCCUCAUUUCAGCUCAGAAGUAGCUCACUGCCGUCAUGGAUCACAUCUUCCGCAAGGUGGAGCGGGGCAUCGACGCCCUUUUUGGGGAUGAGCGACACGCCCACACUCACUCAGGCCACGAGUGCCAUGAGCAUCAUCCCGCCGGCCACGCCGAGAACAGAUUCCAGUCUUUUGCGCCUCAAACCACCGGUAAUGCCAAGUGGUAUGUUGACGGGUGUUCCUACUUUUGGGCCGUUUCCGAAGCUAUCGAACAGGCCCGAGAAAGCAUUUACAUCUUGGAUUGGUGGUUGAGCCCGGAGCUGUACCUUCGCCGCCCUCCUUCUCAGAAUGAGCGUUAUCGCAUCGACAAUCUGCUCAAGGCUGCUGCUGAGCGGGGUGUCAAGAUAAACAUUAUCGUCUACAAGGAGGUUGAAGCCGCCUUGACCCUCAAGUCCUCUCACACAAGGACCUACCUGGAAAGCCUUCAUCCCAACAUUGGCGUGUUUCGACACCCUGACCAUGUGCCCACCGGAUACGACUUCCAGGCGGAGCUCAAGCAGAACUUCGCCAACAUGAAUGUCAACACCUUCACUCUAUCAAAGGCUUCCGGUGAUGCCAUCAAGGCCAUCUACGGUACCGCUACCGAUGGAGUCACCCUAUUCUGGGCUCACCACGAGAAGCUCUGCCUGAUUGACGGCAAGAUUGCCUUCAUGGGAGGUCUCGAUAUGUGCUUCGGCAGAUGGGACACCAACAGCCAUCCCAUUGCGGAUGCCCACCCCGGUAACCUGGAUGCCGUCAUCUUCCCCGGCCAAGAUUACAACAACGCCCGUGUCUACGACUUUGCUGACGUCGACAACUGGGAGCAAAACAAGCUCGAUCGCACCAAGAGCUCUCGUAUGGGCUGGUCCGAUGUCAGUCUCAGCUUGAGCGGCCCCAUUGUGGCAAACCUGGCAGACCACUUCGUUGAUAGAUGGAACUUCAUCUACGGCGAGAAGUACGGCAAGAAGAAUCCUGGAAAAUACCAGGCUCUCGGAGGAGGUGCCGCCAACGCGGACGCUGGCAGAAUCGCCGAAAACGAGACGGAGAGCGGCGGCUUCUUUGGCGGUGGUGGCCACACCAGCCACCUCUUUGGCGAUCUCUCUGACCGUAUCAACCGAGGCAUCAGUCGCAUGGCGGUCAGUGACGACAACCAGGAUGACGGUCCUCGUAGAAUCGACCGUGGUGACCGUGCUGCCAACAUCCAGCUCACCCGAAGCUGCACAGAGUGGUCUGCUGGCCACCCAACCGAGCACUCCAUUGCGAAUGCUUACAUGCAUGCCAUCACCAACGCCCAGCACUACGUCUACAUGGAGAACCAGUUCUUCAUCACGGCCACGAGCAAGGAACAGCACCCCGUCACCAACAAAAUCGGCCGCGCCAUCGUGGACCGCAUCAUCCGCGCCCACCAAAACGGCGAAGACUUCAAGGUCGUCGUCGCCAUGCCCGCCGUCCCCGCCUUCGCCGGUGACCUCAAGGCUGACGACGCCCUCGGCACCCGCGCCAUCAUGGAGUUCCAAUACAACUCCAUCUCUCGCGGCGGACACUCCAUUAUCGAGACCCUCCGCUCCGAGGGCGGCAUCGACGACCCGGGCCGCUACAUCCGCUUCUACAAUCUGCGCAACUAUGACCGCAUCAACAUCUCCUCCACCAUGGCCGACGCAGAGGGCCGCUCCGGCGUUCGCUACGAAGACGCCCGCCGCGAGCACGACGACAACGUCGGCGCCGGCUACGGCGAGCAGGGUCAGGGCUACGGUACCCGCGGCGACUCCCAGUACGAGCGCUACCAGGAGGCUGCGUCCCGCGUCUCGGACCAGACCUGGGACACCGUCUCAGCGUGCUACAUGGACAGCGGCCGUGACCUGCACUCGGUCCCCUGGCAUGGCGAGCCCGAUGCCGAGCUCGACGCCUUCGUGAGCGAGGAGCUCUACAUCCACUCCAAGCUCCUCAUCGCCGACGACAACCUCGUCAUCUGCGGCUCCGCCAACCUCAACGACCGCUCCCAGCUCGGCACCCACGACUCGGAGAUCGCCGUCGUCAUCGAGGACCCCACCCCCAUCGAGUCCGAGAUGGCCGGACGCCCCUACACGGCCUCCAAGUUCGCCACCUCCCUGCGCCGCCAAAUCUUCCGCAAGCACCUCGGCCUCCUCCCCGACCAGCCCUGUGACCGCCCCAACGACAACUGGACCUCCAUCGAGCGUGGGCCCAACGCCUACGACUGGGACUCCCCCGCCGACCGCCUCGUCCGCGACCCCAUGUCCCGCGAGUUCUGGGACCUCUGGGAGGGCACCGCCCGCACGAACACGGAAGUCUUUACAAAGGUCUUCCACAACGUCCCCAACGACCGCGUCCGCACCUGGAAGGACUAUGACGAGUUCUUCUCAAAGUACUUCAUCAUCCCCGGCGCCAAGAAGGAGGACGACAAGCAGAAGGAGGAGGAGGCCAACCGCGGCAAGGUCGAGUACGGCCACGUCGUGCGCGAGGAGUUCCCGGGCGGCGUGCGCGAGGUCAAGGACUGGCUGAACCGCGUGCGCGGCAACAUUGUCGAGAUGCCGCUCGACUUCCUCGUCGACGUGGACGAUAUCGCCAAGGAGGGUCUGUCACUCAACAGCUUCACUGAUGAGAUUUACACGUAAAAGAACGAUUGGUAUGGUGGCUUCAUUCCGUGGCUCCAAUAUUGAACAGAAAUACACGAAAAAAUCCAAGGAGAAGAACAGAAACGUCAAAUCUAAGAGUGUGUUACCGAAACAAACGACAACGUGGUUGUCCGUGUAUGGGUGGGGGACCUUUUGGGAUUGAGAGCUGGGGAGGAAACAAAUGAACUAUUUUUUUCUGGGUGGAAUUUCAAAGCAGCCUCUUUCGGUCCAAAGCCCCGUGUGUGACAAUGAGUAACAAUGACAUAGACAGCCUAUCUUUCAGUCGCCGCCCCCCCCCCCCUUCCCCCUUUGCCCAC